UCCCCCGCCGACACUUCACCUCUUUUCACUCUCCUCCCCUUUCUCGCUUGCCCUCCUUUUCUUUCUGGACAGGAAAUUCCCUUAAAUUACCAUUUCACCCCUCAAGCAGAGUUACAAUCUGUAAUAAGCUAUUAUCUCCUCCCUUUAUUUUCUUUCCAUGGCGUGGGUUCUUCCACAUUAAUGGCGAGAGUUCCUGCAAAAUCAUCUCUCUCUCGAAUAUAUUCUUCCCUCAAAACCAUUUAUACGGUUAGGGUUCCUCUAUGCACUCCGUCUACCCUUUCAGAAUGCCGUUGUCCGAAUCCCCGAAAAAUUUCGGAUUUUCUUCCUUCAAUCGAUUCCCAAAGCCGUCGAUUUUCGUCGGGUUUGAUACACCUAGAAACCUUAAGAUUAGGGUUUCAGGGUGUGAAAUUCAAUGGCGUUGAUCUUGUCAACAAGAAGCGGUUCUCGACAUCGAUCGAAGAAAACGAGGACAAUCAUCUCAACCAGGCGGCAGUGAUCGAAAACAACCGGACCGAUGUGGAUUGCAGUUUUAAGAGCAUCGCCUUUCGUGAUCCUGUCGAAUUGUACCGAGAGAUUCGACAUACUGAAAAGGGCACGAAGCAGCCCCGAUCUGAUUGGGAAACCCUAGUUCAGGUCUUCCGAUCGUUUGCAAAAUCCGGUUGGGCUUCCAACCAGGCUCUCGCGAUUUACAUCAGUGGUUCCUUCUUCCCCACUGCUGCCCGCAAGUUCCGGUCAUUCUUCUUAAAGAAAUGCCCCGACGAUGUUGGGAAGUAUCUGGUGUCGGUCGGCCCGUCAGAGACUUCCCAUCAGUUUCUACUCCCGAUUUUUGUGGAAUUCUGCUUGGAAGAAUUCCCUGACGAAAUCAAGCGAUUCCGGAGUAUGAUCGAAUCUGCAGACCUCACCAAGCCCCACACAUGGUUCCCAUUUGCGCGGGCAAUGAAACGAAAGAUCAUCUACCACUGUGGACCCACAAACAGUGGUAAGACAUACAAUGCCUUGCAACGUUUCAUGGAAGCGAAGAAAGGUAUUUACUGUAGUCCGCUUCGGCUCCUGGCCAUGGAAGUAUUUGACAAGGUGAAUUCCCUCGGCGUAUACUGUAGUCUCCACACUGGACAAGAAAAGAAAACUGUGCCCUUUGCAAACCACGUUGCAUGUACGGUGGAGAUGGUGUCCACCGACGAGUUGUAUGAUGUUGCAGUUGUGGAUGAAAUUCAGAUGAUGGCCGACCCUUAUAGAGGAUAUGCAUGGACAAGGGCCCUGCUGGGAUUGAAAGCUGACGAAAUACAUCUCUGUGGGGACCCAAGCGUUUUGAAAAUCGUCCGGAAGAUAUGCUCAGAAACUGGGGACGAGCUGAUCGAAAACCAUUAUGAGAGGUUCAAGCCACUAGUAGUGGAGGGUAAGACCCUGUUGGGUGAUCUCCAAAAUGUGAGACCAGGUGACUGUGUUGUUGCGUUCUCGAGACGGGAGAUAUUUGAAGUGAAGAUGGCAAUAGAGAAGUUCACUAAACACCGCUGCUGUGUCAUCUACGGUGCUUUGCCGCCAGAGACCCGGCGGCAUCAGGCAAACUUGUUCAAUGAUCAAGGCAAUGAGUAUGAUGUUUUGGUGGCAAGUGAUGCUGUGGGAAUGGGGUUGAACCUCAACAUCAGGAGGGUUGUCUUUUAUAGUCUUUCAAAAUACAAUGGGGACAAAAUUGUGGCUGUUGCAGCCAGCCAGGUGAAGCAGAUUGCUGGAAGAGCUGGUCGGAGAGGAAGCCUGUAUCCAGAUGGGCUUACAAGCACCUUGCAUUUGGAUGAUUUGAACUAUCUGAUUAAGUGCUUGAAGCAACCAUUUGAUGAAGUUCAAAAAGUUGGUCUCUUUCCUUUCUUUGAGCAGGUGGAGUUAUUCGCUGGGCAGUUCCCAAAUGUUACCUUCUGCCAGCUUCUGGAGAAGUUUGGUGAGAACUGUCGUCUUGAUGGUUCGUAUUUCUUGUGCCGGCAUGAUCAUAUCAAGAAAGUGGCACAUAUGUUGGAAAAGGUUCAAGGAUUAUCCCUACAGGAUCGUUUUAACUUCUGCUUCUCUCCGGUUAAUAUUAGAGACCCAAAAGCGAUGUACCAUCUUCUGAGGUUUGCUUCCUCUUACAGCCAAGAUCUUCCGGUAGGUAUAGCAAUGGGAAUGCCCAAGGGUUCUGCAAGAAAUGAUUCAGAGCUCUUGGAUCUAGAGACCAAGCAUCAGGUUUUAUCUAUGUAUUUAUGGUUGUCAUAUCACUUCAAGGAGGAGAAAUUUCCAUUUGUUCAAAAGGCUGCAUCUAUGGCAACGGAUAUUGCACAGCUUCUUGGCCAGUCUCUUGCCAAAGCUUGCUGGAAACCUGAAUCUAGGAAGGCAGGGAAGCGGAAGCCUGAAAAGCAGGAAGAUAGUCACGAGAGACCGAGAUCACUCAUCCAAACAUUUCAAAAAAUGUGCACAUGGAUGUUGGCUUGCAGUUCACUUUUACACAAUGGCCAUUCUGCUCAAUUGAAAUAUAGCCACUUCCAUAGUUACCCUUGGAGAUGAAGUGACAUUUAUAUUGAACACAGUGAUGAAGAGAAUAAAGAAUUUCUUUAUUCACCAGGCUACUGUAAGGAGUUUUGUGGUGCUCUUGUGGUAGAUAUGAAUUUGUAAUUGGAAGGAGGGGGAUGAAGGUUGACACAGGAAAGAAAAUAAACACAAAAUUUCAAGU